AUGCCAGCAAGAGCCAAUGCAUGGUGGCUAGCACUGUUCACAUUGCUCAUGGGCAGCAGCAGCUUUGCUCAAUGGUCGAGAACAUUGAGUUUGCCUAAUACUUACCUGGGCUCGACACCGUACCAAGGAUUAUCAUUUACCUCGCCCAACAUCACCUCAGCGCUGCGGAUACAGCGAGACAUUGCACUCAAUGUCACCAUUGAUCGGAUACAUUGGCCUGCCAUCCACCUGGCGUCAUAUUUUGACCGAGACUAUUCUGCAGAGAAUAUACAAACUGUGGAAAAUCUCUUGGUCAUGGGAUACCAACGGCUCGUCCUCGACAUUUACUGGGAUGCUUCUCGAGCGACAUGGCAACUUUGCCCCGAAGUGAUGCCCGUAACGGCCACCGAUGACGACCACGACCGCAAUACGAAUCUUCGCCGAGUUGGAAGAUAUAAUUGCAGCCCGUCUACCAGUUUUCGUCAGUUCAUGGAAGCUGUGAACAACUAUCUCCUCAUGACCGAUCUCUCUACCGACUCGGCCAACACCCAUCUAAUAUUCUUAAUCCUCAAUUUACACUCACUCAACGGUACAUCCGGCGCCUAUGCAUUGAAACCUGAAAAGAUUUCUUCCAACGAUGACUCGAGUCUGUCAAACAUUAUUCAAUCUGCUAUUGAUCGCUCCGUCAAUAAUUCACCUCGCUAUUAUACGCCUCGAAAUCUCACAGAUAAUCGACGUAAUGUCAACGGCAGUUUCUAUGUCGACGGUAUGCCUUAUCCGCUGCCGUCUCGCACUGAUCACAAUGACCCUUCACCGGCAUGGCCAGCGUGGGGCUAUCUCGUCGAACGAAACGUGCAACUGCUAGUUGGAUUCGGGAAGAAUAACCUACCGAACGGAAGCAAUUAUGAUAUAUCCGAUGAUCGAGAUAUUAUCUUUGACCCGGAAGUACUUGGAGCUGGAUCAAGGAUGGAAAAGGUUACGUUGAAGGAUAUGAAUGCUACCGGAUGGGCGGAUUGCAACCGGCCUGGCAACACGACAGUGAUGAUUCCUGCCGACGGAAAUAGCACGCAUUGGCAACCUCCCAGUCAACAAGCAUCGGUGUUGUCAUGGUCAUGGAGUUUCAUGAUGGACGGCCAGGACCGAUUCACCUAUGAUACGGCGCUUCAUGCUACUGAAUGUGGUUACUCGCCUUAUUUCACAGCUUCCAAUUACAGCGAGAAAGGAUCGUCCUAUUCUGUCAAUGACACUGGUCAUUUUGCAGAUAAUAUUUUAUCAUCGAUUUGGUCGUGGGAAGUGGGCGAACCUCGUACGAGUGGCAAUCUUCACUGUGCAAUGAUCCAGCGAUGGAAUGGACGGUGGCGUGCUGGUGAUUGUACGCAUUUACUUCGAGUUGCUUGUCGUCACGUCAAUGACGCCAAUGAGUGGGUUUUGACGCCUACAUUUUUCUCGUACGAUCGGGCUCUUUCAGCCUGUCCAGAAGAUUAUGUGUUUGAUACACCGCGAAUUGCACAACAAAAUCGGAUGCUUUUCAAUGUGUUACAAAAGGACUUGGUGCACGAAUCUGUGGAUGACGAAUCAGAGUCCACCGAUCCCACCCAUCAUUUAUUCUGGAUAAACCUUAAUUCCGCUACAGGAGACAACUGCUGGGUGGUUGGAAGAAACUCCACCUGUUGGUGGUUGAAUCACAGCGGUCGACCUUACUUGUUACUGAUCAAAACUUCCAUUGUGGGUGGUAUUAUUGUUUUGAUCCUUUUUGGAUUCUGUGCUUGGGUGAAAUGUGCCCGAGUGUGGCGUUCGAGAAAAUCACGUGGACGUAAAAACAUGGUAAAGCAAUUGCUGGCCAAACGCGAAUAUGUCACCGUACCGGCGUGA